AUAAACCAGGGUAAAAACAUUAAAACCAUAAGAGGACAAUAUAACAGGCAAAAGAAAGUUCAGGAGCAGCAACAGUAAAGGGACAAAUAUAGCAUUAAAUCACAAUAAUAAAAUAGCAAUAACACACUGAAAUUUUAAAACACCAAUAUGAUUCUUAAAAUGCCUGAGAAAAUAAAGAGUUCUUUGGCACUGAAAAUACAAUAAUGUAGGUACCAGGUAAGCUCUUUGGGUAGAGCUUUAUUCAGACAGGAUGCCACCUCUGAAAAAGGCCUUCCUUUUGUAUCUUAGCCACUUUGCCUCAUCAAUUGCCUUCAUCAGUUGAGGGGUCCUGGAGAAGGGCAUCAAGUAAAGAUCUUCAGGAAAUAUGAGAGGAGGAGUUCCUGUAGGCCUCAGUUUUUAAGGCUUUCUAGAUCAAGUUUAGCAUUUUGAAUAGGGCCUAGAAACAGACUGACACCAGUACAGAUGGCUAAGCAGUAGCACAAUGUAACUAUAUCAACUCACCCCACAGGGUUGUUAUGGGGAAAAGAAGAGGAGGAAGGAGUAUUAGGUAUGUUCACCGCCUGGAGUUAUUUAUAAAAAUAAUAAAGGCGGGAUAUCGAAUAAAUAAAUAAAUAAAAUAUCAACCAAUCCCAACUGGCAAUUCAUCUGACUUUUUAACUUAAUUGAAGUUAACUUAAUUGAAGUUCCCAGAUCACUUCCACAGUAUGCCGGUAUAUAACUGGGACAUCUAUAACUGCUGCAGGGAUGUUUGUCCUAGCUAAUUCAUUGGUACAGACAGAAGGAAGUUUGAGCAAUAGAAACUCUUUUGGGUCUCUAGUUACUAUACUAGAUACAAGAAUGCCUUUAGGAGGAGUACAGAAGAAGAGGACAAACAUCACUUUACUAGACAAAAGAAUCACAAAUAGUAAAGCUGUCUUCUGUUAAUGUUUUAGUCUUCAUGCAAUUCAUUAUCCUGCCCAGGCAAUGAUACAGAACAUUAGUUGCCUACUCAUAUUAAAUGAAAAGAAGGUAAAGCUGAGUGACUUCUGCAUAUUGUAUUAGUGCAUCCCCUAACCAUCUUUUUCAAUGUCUCUUUCAAUGGUUUCAUGUAGAUGCUAAGAAGUUUGGGAGAUAAAAUAACUGUCAUGGAACAGAACAAUACCUGCACCAUUUUUGAAAUUAGCGUCCAGAUGGCGUGUUGAUUAUCCUUUAAAGAAAAAUAUACCAAAGAAUCAAAGCUGUAACUGAAAGUGGGACCUACAGUUUCUGGAUGCUUUGUUAAAAGAAUAAAAGUGGAUGAAAGUGGAUGAGGCAGAUUUUUAAAAGGAAGUGCAAGAUAUUUUUGGAAAUCAGACUACAAUCCAUUAAUUCUGUCACACAUAUUAAACCUGAUGGAUACCAUAGAGAUAGCAAAGCUCGAAGAACAUAUGGAAGGCCCGACUAGUGAAACUUCCAAAGGUUAUGCUCGACCUACUCUCACUGUUGGUGAGGAAAGCAAGAAUGGCAGCAACAAACCAAAGGGUUUAUCCAAUGGUUUGCGAAAAGGUGCUAAAAGGUAUCCAGACUAUAUACAGAUUUCCAUGCCCACUGAAUCUAGAAACAAAUUUCCUUUAGAAUGGUGGAAAACAGGCAUUGCCUUUGUAUAUGCUGUCUUCAGUUUAAUUUUAACAACUGUCAUGAUCACAGUGGUACAUGAGAGGGUGCCUCCCAAGGAGCUCAGUCCUCCAUUGCCAGAUAAAUUUUUUGAUUAUAUUGAUCGCAUAGAAUGGGCUUUUUUGGUAUCAGAAAUAAUUGGAAUUACCCUUGUUGGAUUAUGGAUAAUCCAGUGGCUGUUUCUUAAAUACAAAUCAAUAGUAGGACGAAGGUUCUUUUUUAUAUUGGGAACUUUGUACCUCUAUCGGUGCAUUACCAUAUAUGUCACCACUUUACCUGUACCUGGAAUACAUUUUCAGUGUGCUCCAAAGCUAAAUGGUGAUUCUCAAGCUAAAGUUCAGCGGAUUCUGCAACUAAUUUCCAGAGGUGGUCUGUCUAUAGCAAGCUCACGUAUCUUAUGUGGAGAUUUCCUAUUCAGUGGACACACUCUAUCACUAACACUCGUUUACCUAUUUAUCAAGGAAUAUUCACCUCGUCACUUUUGGUGGUAUCACUUGAUUUGCUGGUGUAUGACUGUUAUUGGUGUAAUUUGUAUCCUGGUGGGACAUGAGCAUUACACUGUAGAUGUUGUCAUUGCUUAUUUUAUCACAACAAGACUCUUCUGGUGGUAUCACGCAAUGGCUAAUGAAAAGAACUUGAAAAUAUCAUCACAGACUAAUUUUCUGUCUCGAGCAUGGUGGUAUCCAAUAUUCAGCUUCUCUGAGAAGAAUGUACAAGGCUCAGUUCCAUGCUGUUUCUCAUGGCCAGUAACAUGGCCUCCCGGUUGUUUCAAGUCUUCGUGCAAAAAAUAUUCCCGUGUGCACAAAAUGGGAGAGGACAAUGAAAAAUCCACCUGAAGAAGAUGAAGGCAAAAACAUGAAUAUUAUUUUUCUUUUUUACCGAAACAUUUAUGCUAUAACCAAAGCUCUCAAGAUGACUAGAUUGUUUAUUGAAGAAGUGGAGCAGACUCUGUGCAGUUGAUCUGAGAAGACAUUUGUAGGCAAUAGAAAAUAAUAGCUAUCCCUUGAUAUUUUAUCUAGUCAAAGUGUACAGUUUCAUCCCACUCUUCAGAAUUAGUAGACACUGGCACUCAAUGACACUCCAGUGCCAAUAUAGUACUUCCUGAGGAGAAGAGGAGCCAGGAUGUUGGCUUCUUAAUGAGAUUAAGAGGUGCCAAAGUACACAUCACACCAUCUGUUAAAUAUCAUUCACCCACAGAAGCACCGAAACAAAAUAUCAGCUUCAGAUUUCUGGAGUUUGAUGAGCAAAAGAAAAAAAAAUGGUAAAAGGCGUAAUACUGGUCUCUCAAGCUGAGUAACAGAAAUUGGCAGGCAGAGGUGAUGUUAUUCCUAUUGGUGAACGUAAGGCCUGUUAUAUAUAACUGGUAAAACCAGAACUGAACUUGAUCUUUUAUAUUCUUUUAUGGGAAUGAAUUAUAUUAUGACCCCAUAAUGCCACCACUAUGUCCAUACAGUAUGCUAUUCUCUGUUGACUUUUACAUUUUUUUUAAUGUGGUAAUUUUAUAUAUGAAAAUAAAACCUAUUUUACCUGAUGAUACUGUAAGUUAGAAAUAAUGUCUACUAAUGUCAUCAAUGUCCUACAACAGGUAAACUAAUUUAUUGUUAAUAUAUAUAUAUAUAUAUGUCAAGAUAAUUAUUUUCUGCUGGUCAGUUAGUCUGCAUGACUUUGUGGCAGAUGUACUGGACACAUUUUUUCAGUUUACACAGUUAAUGCGCAAUAUAUGAAUUAUAUGGAGGCUCUGCAAUCACAGUGGAUAUUGACCAUCCUUCAGACACCAAUUGGAAAGACAAGUACAUCACUUGAUAAAGCUAGUGGUCUAAUGAACAUUUUCAGCACUCAAAAGUCAUCUCAUAAUUUUGAAUGGGUUCUAUCCAGUCUGUAUCCAUCUGUUGACAAGAGCCCCUUUAAGGCUCCCGUUACCAGAAAAGGAAAAGGAAUGAUUUUGGUGCUUCCCUUCUGAAAUGUUUUGUCUUUUCCCCAAAUUUAAUCCAGUUCAUUAAAUUCUCCUUCAGAACAGCUUGGGAGUGGUACAGAAGUCUUCAAGGAGAAGGGGAAACCAACAGUUGUCAUUCUGCUAAUGAAAGCCUCUUCUGGAUUAAAAUGCCUUCUGUGCAAAGUAGCAGUAGGAUUGUCAAUAUUCUGUUGUGAUGGUUACUGAAAUACAUAUGCAUAUGGCUAUACAAUACAAUGCAUUAACAAAUAAUAAAGUAAGCAUUUAAGAUCAAGAAGAAAAACAAUUCUUACUUUCUGGCUUUAGUGUCUUGUAAAUGGUCUCUUGAAGAGAAUUUUUCAGUGUUUUUUUUUAAAGUGCAUUCACCAAAACAUUGAGGUGGAUAUGAUGCAUUUACUGAUGAACAUCACUUUUGCUUUCCCUUGGCAUUUGAGUUGUUAUGCUAAGGUUUUUCCAGUGCAUUUUUUUUGUUUCACUAUUACCUAACACUAUUUAUUAUUAAAUGGUCACAUGGCCAAUCAGAUACCUCCUUUUUUUUUCAAUCUUUUGUUUGUUUGAACAAAAUGUCUCUCUAUAAUAUAAACUUAGCAUGUGGGAACACCCUUUUAGUAAGCUCAUGCACACAAAAAAUUACAUGGCCCACUACUUUUGUUCAGUUUUGUUCAAAAAACAAACAGUGCUAUUAGGAUUACAACACGUAGCAGUUAAAUAGAUUGUAUUUUUCCAUAUUAUAACAUGCUUUUAUAAUGCAUCAGUAAAAGCAAUAUUCAGAAAAAUCACUUCAAAUUUGCUUUAAUUAGUAUAACUUUUAAAUUUUAAAGUUAAAUAAAAUAAAUUAGAAAAGUUGAUUGACUUUAAAAAAAAGCUAAUAUCAAAGUAAAAAAAAAAAAAACAGAUGGAGUCUGCUGGGAAUUUUCUGAAAGCUUUUGCUUUUCACUAAAAUUUCUUAACCAGAAAAGGUGCUACCAGAUUCCUACUGAACUUUUGUUACCAUAGACUAACAAGCUAUCAUCCUACAAGAUCAUAUAGAGUUAAUUCUAAUUUUCAGAAGAUCACAAAUUCUGGUAUAACAAUGUAACCUGAUCAUAGAUGAUAGUGAUGUAUGACCUUCAAGCCAAAUGCCUUAUUUUUAUGGGUUGAUUUUCUUCACUGGAACCAAUAUACUGUAAUCCCUUGCUCUCAGGAUACUUAUGGCACAUGCACUUAUUGUUUUGUGAUUAUUCAUUCCGUUUCUUGACAGUCAUUUUUAUGACUAUCAGCCUCCCCCAUCACAGCCAUUGUUCUCAUGAUACACUGUCAAAAUUCCAAAUGUUCCUAUUGGCGAAACGGAUCGGGAACCCCCAAUCAUGCACUUUUGUCUUGCUAUAUGGCAGUCAAAGAAUGGUCCAGAGAAAGCUCAUUCUUAUUUAUGUCUAACAAAAGUUUAAAUUACUGCUGAAAACAAUCUAGAGAACAUAAAGCAUGUUUACGUAUUUGGCUUUCUCUAAUCUGUUCUCAGUAAUAAAGCCCAAAGUUCUGAUAUUGAAAUGAUAUACUGUAUUUAACCCUAAAGGAAACAAUCUUGAAUUUAAGGAAAUCCCCAGUUUAAAAAGAUAAUUAGAUACAAAAAACAGGGCUAUGUAAUGGUUUUGAAGGGGAAAAAAAGUCAUGUAGCAGUUUUCAUCAAUACCUUAAGCCAAACAGCUUUUUCUUGUGCAUGUUGUGCACAAUACAAAUAUUUUAAAUACAAAAUGCUACAUAGCAUUAAUUAAAAAAAACAACAUAUUCAUUAUAUUUCAGUGAAUCUAAGACAAUACUACCAUUUUAAAGGUAAAAUAGGGGAAAAUCUAGUCUUUAAGGUUAAUACAGUACUGUACUCCAGAAAAUAUAUAAAGAGGAAAAAGAAUCCACUUAAAGAUACCUUUAAGAAAUAAGAAUAGGAAAUUUAAGAAUAAGACAGUUUGAGCUCUCUUAGUUUCCAUUCUUCCUCUGUAGCACACAAAUUGCUAAAUUUCAGGAUAAAUCCAUUCAUCUGCUUAGAUAGCCACUCCCCAAAAAAGUUCAGAAGUAGCUACUAGUGAAGGAAUGUAUAGAAUGGGAUAAACAACCUGGGGCUCUUCAGAUGUUUCAGAUUAUUAUAGUUAUCUGAACUGUUUGUAAAUAAUAAACUAUUAACUGUGCUGGUUUGCACCAUGUUGCCAAUUAAUACUCUAGAAAACAAUUACUGUGCCUGAAGAAAAGGAUUUUAAGCUUUAACCAUUUGACAAAUGGUAAAAAAUAAUUAUAAGAACUGUGUGUGUGUGUGUGUGUGUGUGUGUAAAUAAUUGUGUGUGUUUGUGUAUGUGCUUCAGUUUCUGAAUGAGCUUCCUAUUUAUUAUACAAUUAUUUAUACUGUGCUUCCCUAGACAGCCCUUUUUAACUACCUUUCUGUAUUUACAAAAGAAAGGAUAACCUAGUUGGUGUCCUCAGCCAAAAGAUCACAAGUUGUAAAGGCCUGAUCUCUGCUGUUUCCUGUCAUGCAUUACACAUCUUCAGGAAAGUUUUGAAAGUGACUAAUCAUAGCAGAAAUACACACAGGAGGACAAGACAGUUUAAUGAGGAUCUUAAUACAUACCCAAUGAGUUGAAGUGUAAAAUAUUGGUAAUUUAGGCUGGUCUACACUAAAAAACAAUGUUUGGAAAUCAAAGCAAAGGCAGAUCUUAAAACACAGCUAAAAAGGAGUUUGAAAAUAUUAAAAAAUGUGCUUGAAUCCAGAACUAAUUUAGUAGGAUAGUGAUAUAUAUGCAAAAAGUAAAAGGAACUUGGCACAUUUAAAAUUCUUAUUCUGAUGCAGUUCAUACUUUUAGUAGUUUCUACUUAGUUGUAUGAACCUUUUUGAGAUUAUUCUUUAAAGUAGUGUUUCUCAACCUUGGCAAGUUUAAGAUGAGUGGACUUCAACUCCCAGAAUUCCCUACCCAGCAUGGCUGGCUGGAGAAUUCUGGGAGUUGAAGUCCACCCAUCUUAAACUCGCCAAGGUUGAGAAACACUGCUUUAAACAAACAAGUGUCCACUUGUCAGCUAUCAGUAUAACUGCAGUUUAUGUUGGGCAUGUUUGGGGGUUUUGUCAGGUAUGUUUUUAAAUAUUUGUGAUCCUAAUGAAGUGCUGCUGACAGCAUUUUUGAAAUAGUACUGUUUUAGGUGCUUUCAGGUGAUCAUAGCAACCUAAAUGCAGGAAGAAUGACAUACAACCCAGUUCAGUAUAUUAAGCAAGGUUAAGCCUGCUGAUUUGAAUGGGCUUAAGUGAGCUUGUCUUUGCACACACACAUGCUAUUAAAGAUUUUAAUAGAAGCCAUAGUUGUUUCUACAGUUGUAUGUAUGGGUGUAUUUAUGUUUACUGCUCUUCCUCCCACCCUUAGUAACCCUGUAGCUAACAGGUAGCUUGCAGUAAAUGUCUUGGAUAUGUUAAAUACUAAUCCCAGAUAUAUAAACUAUAGGAUCUCUGUGGAAAGCACUGUUCUACUAUUCAGUAUCUUUCAGUUUUAAUUAAUAUAUUCUCUGAUGUAGUCUCAAGGACUCAAAAAAGUUACUGUAUAUGAGAAAGAAUGGGGUUUUGCAUUUAAAAGGAUUUUAUUUAUUUAGUAGCAGUAUUGCCAUUGCUACUCCUGAUUUUUAUGAGUCUUUUGAGUUUCUCAGGAGGCAGAAAUAUAUAAUGUACACAUAAACUGAAUUUGUACAUCCACUCUACAUUUGACUAAAAUUGGGUGGGCAAUUGUGGCUUAGCAUGCUGUAGGAAAUGCAGCCAUGAUCUUAGCAUGUUACAAGAACCAUGCCAUCAUGUUAAAUAAUAGAAUGGCUUAUUUGGGAGACACAACACAUUAUGUGAUUACAACAAUUGUAUUUGUUAGCAAGCUUACCCAUAAGCCUGGGCUAUGUAAACACACUAACAAGGAGAAAAUAGCAGGGAUUAUAACUAGUGAUUGGAUGGGAUCUGCAGACUCACGAUCCAUGGUCUGCUUAAACAAUUACUUUAAGUGGGUGGAAUCCACACUCAAAAUAAACAUAGCCCACAAACCAAGUACAUGGUUCGUAUAAGCAAAGAAGAUCUUUUGUACACAAUCAGUUUCAUUGGUUGAAUGCUAGUUAAAUUUUCUAUGUUCUCCAAAAACAGUAAUAUAGAUGUAGUCUGAGAAGAGUGAUGAGACCUACAUUAAAUGACAUUCUGAGUAAAUGAUUUGCUGGUAUCGUUUGUUUUGUUCUGAAUAGCCUUGAGAAUACAUAGAAUGGAGGAAUAAUUAUUAUUAUUUAUAUGCCGCCGACUCCCAGUGAAGCGGUAGUAGUUACCUGGAUAAUCCUUUUAAAGACCCAGGGUUCCCCAGUGUUUAGGAACAAUGAUCUCAACAAUAGCACUGGGCAGCAGAUGUUAAAUCCCUCUCAGCAGCUGCUUUGUUCUUUUUUAAAAAGGGGAAUCUUUGGCAUCAUAUAUGCAAUAGAAAAUUCCUAGAGCCUAAUUUGAACAGAGACACCUGUAUAGAAAGAAAAGGAUUGCUGUAACUCUAGUAAAAUAUUCCCUUAGAUUCAAUCCCCAGCAAUUUUGGUUCUGAGCAAGACUGACUUCUGCUUGAGAUCCUGGAGAGCUGCCAUCCUUUCACUGGAAAUGUGUACAUACUUACACAAACACACUUAGAUGAAGCAUUGUGUAAAUUCUGCCUUGAUAGCUUGGUCUUCAUAGGUGAGAUUUUUAAAAAUCACUUUAUGACAAGCAAAUGAUACAAUUUUAACUGUACUUGGAAGGUGCUAUAAACUUUUCAUUUUUACAUCAAUCCAGAGUUUAGAAAAUGUGCUGAAAUGUUUGUUUUU